AUGGCGAGGCAUCUGCUGGUCGCCUACCGGGGCCCGCCAGCAGCCCUCCGGCUGCGGCAGGGGAUGAAGUCGGUCGGAAAGCAGUCGGCCCCCCGCUACCUCCAGAAAUGCGGGGAGUUCUCGGACUUCAGCACGGGGGAGGUCGUGGGCGAGGCUCUGGUGCAGCGGACGAACCUCCUGUACUUGGAUGGGUGGCAGGUCGGCCAGGCGGAAGAGCCGCUCGCCGCCGCGAAGCUGGACCUCCCCUGGCUCUCCAAGGGAGGGCAGGGCGGUCUACCUCGAGCCCGCGCCCCGCGCGGGUCCCGCAAGGCAGCUCUGGUCGCCUGCCGCUUCCAGCUGCCGCACGCGUGGGAGGCCGUGAUCGUGGGGGCGAUGCCCGGGCGCGGGGGGCUCGAGAGCGUCCAGGGGAGGCUGGUGAUGCACGAGGCGUACCUGCGCACUGGAGAGGCGACGCGGCUCCAGGCCGGGGGUCUCGCCCCGCCAGUGAGCUGGCGCCGCAGCCACGCACGCGUCUUGCUCAUCCUCGACUCCUCGGGCGCCAGCAUCCCCACCAAGACAAGCGUGCUGGGCGAUGUAGUCACGCUGGUGGAUUGGUUCUCCCCGACGGCCCAGGCGCUGCUGCUGCUAAGGGGCCAGCGCUCCCCAAGCGAGCCACUGUUCGUGGCGACGCCCGGGGUUGCAGGAAGUUCCUCGACCUGGCCCUCCUCGACCUGGCUCGUGAACUGGAACCUCACCAGCUACCAGUUUCGCCACAGCGACCGCCGCCGACGUGCUCGCUCCGUUCGCCGAUUGGUUCCAGACAUCGCGGAGCGCGGCAGGAGGGCCACCUUCCUGUCA